AUGCCUCCUCCACCUCACCAAAAACCAGAGAAUGUCCUGAAGCGUGCGCAGGAGCUCAUGGGUGUCGGCCAGGCGCCCACUGCCCUCAACCUCCUCCACGAACACGUCACAUCCAAGAGAUCUCGCAAUGUCCCCAUCGCCUCUCUGGAGCCUGUCGUCCUCCUCUUGGUCGAGCUCUCCGUCGAGCAGAAGAAGGGAAAGCUGGCCAAGGAUGCCCUGUACUCGUACAAGAAUAUCGCACAGAACACCAACGUCGCCACCAUCGAGCUCGUCUUGAAGAAGUUCAUCGAGUUGGCCGUCGAAAAGGUCUCGGUCGCCCAGCAGAAGGCCGACGAGGUUCAGUCCUCCCUCGACAGCACAACCUCGGCCAGCGUCGACGAUCUCGAGGCCAGCGAGACGCCCGAGUCUAUCCUCUUGGCAACCGUAUCUGCCGAGCAAUCCAAGGACCGUACCGAUCGUGCUAUCAUCACUCCUUGGCUCAAGUUCCUUUGGGAGGCUUACCGAACUGUUCUCGACAUCCUCCGAAACAAUGCCAGACUCGAGAUUCUCUAUCAGAGUACUGCCACCCAGGCGUUCGACUUCUGUCUCAAGCAUGCCCGCAAGACCGAGUUCCGAAGGCUUUGCGAGUUGCUCCGAAACCACGUCCAGACCGCCGCCAAGUACUCAUCCCAAGUUCACGCCAUCAACUUGAACGACCCCGAUACUCUGCAGCGCCACCUGGAGACCCGUUUCCAGCAGCUCAACGUUGCUGUCGAGCUCGAGCUAUGGCAGGAAGCUUUCCGCAGCGUUGAGGAUAUCCACACGCUUCUGAAUCUGAGCAAGCGUCCUCCCAAGAACAUCAUGAUGGCCAACUACUACGAGAAGCUCACCCGAAUCUUCCUCGUCGGCGAGAAUUAUCUCUUCCACGCUGCGGCCUGGUCCAGAUACUACAACCUCCUCCGCCAGUCCGCCGCCAUCGUAGCCAGUGGCCAUGGAAAGAAGUCCGACAACCCUUCCGCUACCGACGCGGAUCUCCAGAAGGCUGCUUCUUUCGUCUUGCUCUCGGCCUUGUCCAUUCCCGUCAUUAGCACCUCGCGAUCUCGUGGUGCCAUGGUGGACUUUGAUGAGCAGCGUAAGAACAAGAACUCGCGUCUUACGCACUUGCUGGGUAUGUCAAGCGCACCCACUCGUUCUGUCUUGUUCAAGGAUGCCCUGUCCAAGUCCCUCCUCCAGCGCGCCCGCCCUGAGAUUCGAGACCUUUUCAACAUCCUCGAGGUUGAUUUCCAUCCUCUUUCUAUCUGCCAGAAGAUUUCCCCUAUCUUGGCCCAGAUUGGCGCCGAUGCAGAGAUGGAGAAGUACAUUGCACCUUUGCAGCAAGUCAUCCUCACUCGUCUCUUCCAGCAGUUGUCUCAGGUGUACGAGACUGUGGACUUGAAGUUCGUUGAGAGCCUUGCUGAGUUCCCUGAGCCUUAUCAAAUCACCCGUGGUACUAUUGAGAAGUUCAUCAUGAACGGCAACAAGAAGGGCGAUUUAUCAAUUCGCAUGGACCACGCAACUGGCGUGCUAAGCUUCGACUCUGAUGUCUUUGCCUCUUCCAGGGCCGUUCAUGCCGGCGCUGCUGCUGGCUCUGCUGAGAGCGAGACUGGCGCUGUCCAACGUCUUCAGAGUACUCCUGCCGAGAUCGUCAGAUCUCAGCUCACUCGUCUGGCCAAAACCCUUAACACCACGUGCUUCUUCAUUGAUCCUACCUACAACGAGGCUCGCAUCAAGGCUCAUGAAGCUGCUCUUGCAAGGGCCAAGGCGAAUGCCGAUGAUGAGCACCGUGUCAUCCUGGCUCGCAAGGAGAUCAUUCAAAAGCGCAAGGAAGAAGCUUCAGAACUUCAUGCCAAGAGAGAAAAGGAGAGAGCCUUACAAAAGCGUCGUCAGGAACAAGCGUUGGCCGAGGCUGAGGAGAAGCGGUUGGCACAGGAGCAGAAGGAUCGUGAAGAGAAGCGUCUCAAGGACGAGCGCGAUCGUGUCCGAAAGGAAGAGCUCAAGAAGCAGAUCGAAGACUUGAAGAUGGGCCCCAACGCCAUCAACAUUGACGUCGAGAAUCUGGACGAUUUCGACUCGAACCGUCUCCGUGCCCUCAAGUUGCAGCAGCUUGAGCGUGAAAAGAACGAUGUUAACGAGAAGCUCCGUGUCACUGGCAAGCGUAUCGAUCAUCUUGAGCGUGCCUUCCGAAAGGAGGAAGCCAAGAAGCUCUCCGAGGACUACCAGCAGCAACGUGAGCGUGACCUUGCCGCUUACGAGAAGGUUAAGACCGAGACUCUUACUGAGUCCAAGGCACAACACAAGGCCAACGUUGAGCUUAAGCACAGACUUGAGCGUCUUGUACCGCAAUACGAGACGUUCACCAAGUCUCUCAAGGAGCGUCGUAGAGACGAGUUCGAGGCACGCCAGCGUGACGCACAAAAGGAGUUCGAACGCCAAGUUGCUGCUCGCAAGAAGGAGUACCGUGAACGCAAGCUGCGCGAGAAGCGUGAACGUGAAGAGCAAGAGCGUGCUUUGCGCGAGGCUGAAGAGCGUGCCGCCAAGGAGAAGGAGGAGAGAGAGAGAUUGGCAGAGCAAAAGCGGGCCGAAUUAACCAAGCUCAAGGAGCAGCGAGAGAAGGAGAGACAAGAGGGCUUGGAGAAGGCUGCCAUGCAGGCUCGCAGAGAAGAAGAAGCCAUGGCAAGGAGGCAAGCAGAGAAGGCCGCUGCCACUGCUGCUCCCCGCCGGGAAGCACCGACCAUGGCCCGCACAGGAUCCGAAGACCGCCGGCCACAACUCAACCUUCCCGGUGCUGGCAAGUGGAGAGAGAAGGAAGCUUCGCGCCCCGCUGCCGACGACAGCGCACCUCCGGCUGAGCGACCUUCGCGCGUUACACCGCCUACAGAGCGUACGGACUCGAACGACCGUCCAUCUGCAGGUGGCCCGCCUCGUCUCAACCUCGUUGGCAAGACUGGUGAGCGACCAUCAUGGAGAGACCGUGAAGUUGCCAAGGGUGCGACCGGUGGUGCCACACCUCCCCCGCGCGCUCCUCUAGGACGUGGCCCGCCUGAGCGUUCUGAGCGUUCUGAGCGCUCUGAGCGCCCAGAGCGUGGCGACACCCCCCCUGCUCGCACCGUUCGUGGACCUCCUGAGCGCAGUGAGGCACCUACCGAGACCCUCAAGGCGUCUGGUGCUCCCGGCAAGUGGGUACCUCGUCACUUGCGUGACAAGCAGUAG